CAAGCAAAGAUAGAACUAGAAGAGAUUGAGAGAAAAAGAGGUGAACUAAGAGAAGAACAAGUGAAGAUUCAAAUAAACCAGACUAAAAACAAAGGAAAAGAAAAGAUGGUAUAUGAAGAAGACAAAAUAAAAAGAAAAUGA